UCCCUUCUGUUGUAACCGGUCUUGUGACAAAAUUAACUGAUGAUCAGAAGUAUGGAAUGAUUGAAGCAAUUUCUCAUCUUAUUCACCGUGACUAUGCAGAAAUAGUUAAAGAUUUUGUUAAACUUGAUUUUAUUCCUGAGGGGGAUAAUUUAGAACCAAUCUUGCCCGUUCUGGCAAAGGUUUUUGAUCAAGCACAUGAGGGCGGGGGGUGCGAAAAACAUUAACUUUCAGGACCUGGCAGCUGAUUUGGCGCAAAUAACAUUUGAUUAUCCUUUUAGGAUACCUCCUUAUUUCGCUCUUAUAAUUAGGGCAAUAGGGGUGUUGGAAGGAAUAGCUUUAGUGGGGAAUCCUGAUUUCGCUAUUGUGGAUGAGGCCUAUCCCUAUCUUGCACAGAGACUGCUCACCGAUGAAUCCCCGCGACUGAGGAAUGCUUUGCGUUACACAAUAUACGGGAAAUCCAGUGUUUUUGAUGCUGAAAGUUUCAUUGAUGUCAUGCAAGCCUUUGAGAAUUUCAUAACUGCAGCAAAAAGUGGAGGUGGUGAAAAUAUGAAUGGAGAUAUGGCCGAACUGGGUCUUCUACAAAAUAAUGCAGUUAUUACCUUCCCUAGAUUUCUACCAAGUGGAUCUCAAUCAAAGAAUCCUCCUCAAACCAGAGCAGCCUUAGCAUUUCUUCUGUCCGAGAAGGGGAACUUUUUCCGGGAAUUUCUUCUGGAUGAGAUUGUGAAGGUCAUUGACGCACUUACUAGGGAACAGUUAGUACAACUACUGUCAGUGUUGGGAGUAAGAAAUGCUGCGCCAGUGUUUAGCUUGGUUCCGACAGUCGGACCCUUCAAGCCGGCAGGACUUUUGCCUUCAAUUACCGAGGAAGAUAGAAUCAUAUUAAGCAAUGUCCAAAAGAUUCUUGAGUUCUUAACAGCAGGAAGUUCAAUAUCAAGGACGUCAACUCAGGGUGUAAAUGUUGCUAACGCUAUCCGGGAACUGCUUCCGGUGCUGCCGGGCAUGUCCGUCAGGGUUCUUCUUGAUGUUAUUAGCCGGUUAUCGUCUCGGGUAUUAGCACGCUUAAUCCGGGAUACAGUUUUGUAAGCAUUUUCAACAUAACCUCAACUACUUUCUUCAAUUGUGUAUAUGUUUGUAUAGCGAUGUUUGAUGUAUUGAUAUUAUAUAAAAAAAAUGCAAUAUAAUUUA